AUGCCGUUGUGGCGGCUUCUCGGCGAGCCUCUCUAUGUCUCUACAGAACUUGCUACAACAUGGCCAGAGGUAGAUAUGCUGGACGAAAAUGGCAAAACUGUAGAGCGAGGCGUAAAGAACGCGGAUGGCUACAACAAUAUUCCUGGCUGGAAGAACUACAUCUUCACUUCAAUCUACCAGAACCCGCGAUUAUCUGUACGCGUUGUGGCUACGCCCUCGUUGUGGAUGGCGACCGCGUUGGGCGUCAUUUGGGAAAAGAGCAUCAAGUUCCUAAGCAUAAGCAUCGAAAAAUUAAUUCCCUACUGCUUGUAA